AAUUACGCCUCUUCAACUUAAAGUGAAAUCUGAUUUAUGGUUACGUACCUGGACACCCCCUCCCGCCCUCCGAGUCUGAGGCAGAUCACCUCAAGAACUACACAGCGGACAUUGUGCUGACAACUCCUGCGUGUGUUUUCGUAGGCAUCGUGCCGUAAAGAACAACAAAAUGGGCGCCGCUCAGUCUACUGGUUCUUCUCAUACGACUUCCUCUGCUGCUUCUCUCGCUCAAGGCGCCUUGCUCCCUGAUUGGACAGAGCUAUGGCCUGUGCUGUUUGGCGGUUCCACUGACGUUGGUAUCUUUGGUGCCACUCAGACAGCUAGAACUGCUCUAUCGCAAAGACCGGUGAACAUCUUUCAAGGGAAAACGAGUUCAAGUUCAAGGACCAGUCGCUACCGUGGGAGUUCUGCAGAGUUCAAGGCUGAUCUGGAGGUAUUGAGGGGGAAGUUAGAGGCGAAAAUGUGCAACAGCAACUUCAAGCGAGAUGAUAAAAACAAAGAUAUCGCUUCAUCGGCAGAAAUUGCGGGUCAUCUUGGUGCAGUCAAGGAUGUCGACGGGAGCAGCAGCAGCAGUACUAGCAGUAGCAGUAGCACGCUUGGUGAACGUGAGGGUGAAGCUUGUACGUCCAUAAGCAUAGGGGAACAAGGACAAGAAUUCGGAGAUCGCGCCGCUGCAGAAAAAAUGCUAAUGGGAUAUGUGUGUAUUGUGCCUGGUCUGGGCCUUUUACUUUUUCACCAACGUAGUUGUAGACUUUUUCUUUUACUUUUUCACCAACGUAGGUGUAGACUUUUUCAAGUGUACGUAGUUUAGAACAUAAACAGGGUCUCAACAGAUGAUAAGCACAACAUUUUUAUUCUCAUCUACCGCAAUAUCAAAACCACCAGGUCUCAAAGGCCGCAAAAACGAUGGAAACCAGGACAACUUCUUUGGCAUAACCUACAAUGAGCAGGAAGAAUUUUUACUGGGCUGUUUUGAUGGGCAUGGCCCUCAAGGAGAAGUCUUUAGCGAAAUUGCAACUUUGUGGACGCCAUUAGUGAUGCUGCGCGAAGUGGAUAAGGCGACUGCUAAGGUCGUGGGGCUGUCAAGGUCAAGGGCAUCACAACACUCAAGAACUCAUGGUGGGCUUACGAAGCAGACACCUGUUAAAAUAGAUUUUGGCAAUACCAUGAAAGUUCUGUUCGAGAAACUGGUAAGGAUAUCGACCAAGCGGUUAGAAGAUGCAGCAUCCAACGCUAGUUCAACGGCGUUCUUAACAGGCGGUGCUGACGCUGUUACCUUGUUAAGGCUAGAAGAAAUCCAUCUUCACAGGCAUCCUGAGACCGUUUUCAAGGGGAGAAAGGUCCUCGGAUGCGUCUCAAGAUGGAUUUCUCUUAGUUCUAACCUUGGCAAUGUCAGGCACAACGUGUGUGAUUGUCCAUGGAAAACGGAGAAGAACCACGACUGCUCGUACAGGGGGAUCGGGGACCACCACAGGUGGAGUACUAUCGAAUGCAUCUACAAGUUGUAGCUCUCCUGAUAGCACUAGCGGUGCUUCUACUCUUGCCGAUGCCGAUGGUGACACCAACAUUAGAAAUGCAAUUGCGAAUACUACCGCCAGUGAGAUCGAAAUUUCUUGCGGUUGGCUGGGUGAUUCACGCGCACUCUUGAUUGAGUGCUUGGUAAGUCCGAUAGUACACGAUGCUCAUGAGACUCAGGUGGGUUGUGCAGAUGACUCUAGUGGUGUCAACAAGAACGAAGAGGAGAAGGUUGGGUCUGAAGGUAAAGAAGAGACUCAUGAUCCUAGAGAACAGGCGAGAGAAGCAGCUGGCAAAUCCACAUUGCAACGGCAAGAUUCAUCAUCUUCAUCAACAUCUUCAGGCUCAAGGAUCGGAUCAGCGCCUGGAGUACAACUCGAAAACAAAGGCCCCUUCACAUUCAAACUAAGCAAAAUCACCGCUCUGACGAAAGACCAUAAGCCAGAAGCGGAAGAAGCAGUGAGACUAAGACGUAGUUGGUCUUUGGGUGAAACGAGGCAGACUGGGUUUAUCAAAAAACAACGCGUUUGGUUCUCAUGCGACAGAACGAAUUUGACUGAUGGCCUGAGAGUACCCUCUUUGUCUUCGCCGAAGAAAACUAGGCUGCCACCUUCGUUGAGGGCGGCGAGCCAGGAAGUAGGAACAAUUAAUGACAGUAUUGCAGGCACAGCGCCACCAGGAGCAGCAGCAUCAUCAGGAGGACAAGCUGCAAAUGCAGAAACCAUAUCAGACACAUCCAACGACAGUAAUCCUGGCGUGCUCGAUUUCAUGACCUCCGCUUUCAAUUACCUUCCGAGUGCCAGCUCAGUUGUUUCCUCGAUCAUACAUGCAACUAAUGGCGGUACCAAUGCUGUGAUGUCUGGGCUGAACAUGAGUCGCAGCCUAGGCGAUAAGUAUGCACAUGAUGCUGGAGUCUCAUCCGAGCCUGGGAUAUCAAAUGCUGUGGUUGAUGAUGAUUACAGGAGUAGAAGCAGAACUACUACGACAAGAACUACGUCGUCUGCUAGCGCCUCUACAGCAGUUGGGGACGAUAAGAACAAAGAAGUGAAGCAAGCCUUCCUUCUCCUCGCCACUGACGGCAUAUUCGAAAUGCUUGAUAACUCCCAAGUAGCUGAAAUCGUCAUUCUGAGUCUCAACAGCGGCAAGGGGAUUCAAGAAACGGCGCAUUGCGUAGCGUCCAAAGCGGCGUCGUUGUGGUCAAGGACAGGUGGGGGUGGACCUGUGUCCUACAUCGAUGACAUCACGGUAGUGCUGUGUGCGAUUUGAUGUUGAUGAUGCCAGCAACAUGAUAUCUUCGCAUUUGUAGCUUUAUAUCAGCAUCAAAAAUCAGCAUCAGGGCUUCCACUGCCAUGAUUUUGAAGAUAGAUUCCCAUACCCUAAGAUCAUCUUUAGUAGAGGAAACAGCCACGACUGUGACUGUGUACAGAAAAAAUCAUGUGUACAAUAUUCAUCGAAAGAU